UUCCAACGGGAAUAUAAUGGCGUGCCCUAAUCUGGUUGUUUAAAGGCUCGGCCCACGAUGUAUUUGAAGCGUAGACUAUCCAAACCCGUCCCGGCUCAUACCUGCAAAUAGAUUUGGUGAUAAAACCAGAUUCGGCGCAGAACAAACGUAAACGUGCAACCAAACAUAACCCACACCAGGAAGCUCCCGAGAGCGAAAGUCGAAAAGUUCUUAUCCACAUCCCCAUAGCCUUCCAUCCUUUCUUAGCUCGUUGACAAGCCAAGACCAAGCUCUCAGCUUUAAAACGCCAACAAAAUCCAUAACCAUUUUCUGUUAUCGAAUGGCUGCGCCUUUUUCUUCAACGACCCCCUUUCGGUCCAUUCUCAGGCCCAAUCUUAAUCCACCUAAAUGCUUCCUCUCCCCUUCAGAUUGUUUCCGGAUGGGGUUCGAUUGCGUGAAGCGCCAUUCCAGCAAUGUUAAUGUCUACUCAUUGAGCUCGGCUGCAAACUACGCCAGGCUUCGUCAAGCCGCCGUUAAAUUAUCCGGCAAACCUGCCGUUGUUAAACAUUUGCUACAUAAAAGAGUUGGAAUCGUGAGGUGUGCAACUAUUGAAGAAAUCGCAGCAGCGAAAUCUUCCAUUGAGAAAGAUGCUAAAGGGAGAAUGGAGAAAACAAUUGAGACAGUUCGAACCAAUUUCAAUUCCAUUAGGACAGGGAGGGCAAAUCCGGCAAUGCUUGACAAAGUUGAGGUGGAAUAUUAUGGAACUCCUGUCAGCUUAAAGAGUAUUGCUCAAAUAAGUACUCCUGAUUCAAAUUCUCUAUUGGUUCAACCAUAUGACAAAUCCAGCUUAAAGGCUAUAGAGAAAGCAAUAGUCAACUCUAAUCUUGGUAUGACUCCAAACAAUGAUGCUGAAGUCAUUCGGAUGUCUCUCCCUCAAUUGACAACUGAAAGAAGAAAGGAAUUGUCAAAAGUGGUGGCCAAACAAGCUGAAGAAGGAAAGGUGGCAGUGAGGAACAUAAGAAGAGAUGCCCUUAAAGCCUAUGAAAAGCUUGAGAAGGAGAAAAAGCUGUCUGAAGACAAUGUGAAGGACUUAUCACGUGAUUUUCAGGUCUAUUUGGUGGUUUGCACAUUCCUGAUAGUACUCAAGUUUGUGAAACCUUCAUUGUCACGCAGAAACUCACAGAUGAGUAUAUCAAGAAGAUUGAUAGCAUCUACAAGCAGAAAGAGAAGGAGUUGCUGACCGUCUAGUGGUUUUUGGUACAAAGAUGUAAAGUGUUGAACUUCCUUUAUAUUGAGAGAAAAAAAAAAGUUGUCUUUGUUUUCUUUACUUCGGGUGGGGUUGGAAUCUUGUGGUGCAUGGUGCCUAUACAUACAAAAGAUGAUUUUGAAAAUUCUUGUGCUAAGGGUAGAUAUCGUGUUUUGAAACGAAAUGGAAAAAUCGAAAUCCAUGACCUCUGUUUAAAGGUUGAAUGUAUGUAUAUUAAUCUUCAAAACUCUUUAAUGUCAUGGCUGGACAUAAACACGUUCUUAUAAAAAUUGUGUAUGGUUUCCAAUUAUCUGUGGUCCUUUUGAGAUUUUGAAGCCGUCUGAUCUAAGAACUCUGUGCUGGUACUAUCAUAUCCACAUGUGGUGUAUAAUUGGCUACGUAACUGGUCUUCAUUUUGUUUUGAACAACAAACAGCGUGAAACAUUUGUGGAUGAGGCCCAAGUUUGACAACGUUGUUUCACUUAAUAAAGUUGGUGCUGGAUCAGAAAAUUUUUCUCAACAAAGCUUUCUUCAGUCGUGAACCAAUGUCCUAAACCAUAUUUACUACAAUUUUCCAACACAUAAAUGCAUGUGCUGUAUUGAUUUAAAAGGUGGUUUUCUGCUUCCUGCAAAAAAAAAAAAAGAGCUUUUUAUCUAUACUGUGGAUCAAAUUUUCUAGCUUUUAACAAAAGAUCUUAAAGGAUUGCUUUAUUUCACCAAGAAUCUGUCUCUCCAUCAUAGGCCACCAGCCCAAUAUGCAAUAUGCACCAAGUUCUUUUACCACCCCUAAGAACAGAACCCAUAACUCCUGAUAGCUCUAUCAACAGCACAUUCUUGUUGCAAAUUUAAGUUACCAUAGACGACGCGGGUUCGCGACCUCUAGCCGAAUCGACUGAAAUAAUUAGCUAGUCAGCAUCUCUCUAGGGGUCCAGGAUGUCUUUAAAUAUGCAUGACAUAAUUCCAAUAUAAGAAUCACGAUAAUUUUCUAACUUUUUUCAUUUUCAUCGAAUCCAACUUAAAGCUGUCUUUCAUAAACAAUUCUUGGAAAUUUUCUCACGAAUAAACUAGUAUCUGUCCCAAUCCCAGGACCACUAGCAUUGGUCCCUUUUGAUCCAAGACAGUUUCUCUUAUUAUAUUGUUUGUU